CAUGGCGAGCGUGAGUGAAACUCGUGAAUUUUGGCGAAAGUUUAUUGAAAUGUAUGGUGGAUUACCAGCACUAUGGAAGGUAAAAAGUGAUGUGUAUAGGAACAGAUGUGCAAAAUCUGAGUGCUAUGAUAAGUUAGUGAAUAAACUCAAAGAAAUUGAACCAAAUGCAAACAGGGAAAUGGUUACCAAGAAAAUUAAUGCCUUCCGCUCCAACUAUCGACGAGAAUUGAAGAAAGUUAUUAGCAGCAAAAAGUCAGGAGCUGGGAGUGAUGUUUACACACCAUCGUUAUGGUAUUUUGAAGAUAUGAAAUUUCUGCGAGAUCAAGAAACACAACAGGGUGGUAUUUCAGCCAUGGGUGGAGGAGAGGAAAGGACGAGUGAUACCUCCUUGGAUAACUCGGAACCGAGUAAUCAUCCUGCUAACAGUCAACAGUCACCACAGAUGUUGUCGCAGCCAUGUAGAAAAAGACAUAAGAGGAAUGGAAACACCCAAGUAGAUGAGCUUCUAGCAUUGGCUUGUGAUCAUCUUCGUCGAAGUGAUGACGCCAUUGAUGUGUUGGCAAGAAGUUGGGCUCACGAAUUCAGAAUGUUGACACAAGAUCAACAAAUAUAUGCGAAAAAAGCAAUUAAUGACAUCUUUUUUGAAGGUCGCUUGGGGUGUUUACACCGGCACUCUGUGAAGAUAAAUGAACCCAGCAGUGUACAUCAUAGCGAAUCCUCUACACCCAUUCCAAACGUAUCGCCUGGCAGCAGCUGCAGCAGCUAGUGGUCCUCAAAUAUACUGUACAGGGAAAGUAAUGGACAGAAUGCACUUUUUAUUUUCUAACUGCUAGUAACCCUGGGGUAUAUGCAUCAAUAGCCGAUCUUCUCUCUGACCCUCAGUAUAGUUUAAACAGUAAUAAUUUUGUGUGAAAAUUCCAUUAUUUUACAUAAAUUAUGUGAGCAGAGUAAUUUAGUUAAUUUACCCCAAAAAACUUUACUUAACCAAAUUUGGAUUUUUAUUUAUUUUUUGUUCUUUGGCAAAAAUCAACCUGUGCUUGUUUUGAAAGGUUAAACUAUUAAAGAGUGCAAAAAUCA